GUAGUAUCAGUGCGCUGCCGCCGCCGCCGUCGCGGCUGUUUCCGGUUUUCCGCCAUUGCGGGGCUUCGCUGCGGCUGUUUUUUUUGUGGGGGGGUCGGUUUAUAAGGAGACGGAGCGCAAAGCGAAGGCAGCGCCGCUGAGGUGGGGGGAAAAAGAGAUCUUCUUCAUCUUCUUCUCCUCCUGACGGAGCCGCUUGAUCUCUGACGCCGACCGACCGGCCGACUGACUGACAGAGCGGAGGGGGAGCGAGAGAGCGACAGGGCCGGUUCCUUUCCUUUCCUGCUUGUCCUCGGCCUCCACACACAUAACGCCGUCGCCAUGGCUCAGAUUCUACCCAUCCGCUUCCAGGAGCACCUGCAGCUCCAGAACCUGGGCAUUAACCCUGCUAACAUUGGGUUCAGCACCCUCACCAUGGAAUCCGACAAGUUUAUCUGCAUCCGGGAAAAGGUUGGCGAGCAAGCCCAGGUGGUCAUUAUUGACAUGAAUGAUCCGAGUAAUCCCAUUCGCCGUCCAAUAAGUGCUGAUAGUGCCAUUAUGAACCCAGCCAGCAAAGUCAUUGCAUUAAAAGAUGCUGGGAAGACGUUGCAGAUAUUUAAUAUUGAAAUGAAAAGCAAGAUGAAGGCUCAUACUAUGGUGGAUGAUGUGACUUUCUGGAAGUGGAUCUCGCUGAACACCAUUGCCCUUGUAACGGACACUGCAGUCUAUCACUGGAGCAUGGAAGGAGAGUCUCAGCCAAUCAAGGUCUUUGACAGACACUCCAGUCUGGCAGGCUGCCAAAUCAUCAAUUAUCGCACCGACGCUAAGCAAAAGUGGCUGCUGCUGAUUGGCAUAUCUGCACAGCAAAAUCGUGUUGUGGGUGCAAUGCAGCUCUAUUCUUUAGACCGAAAGGUGUCCCAGCCUAUCGAGGGGCAUGCAGCAGCUUUUGCACAAUUCAAGAUGGAGGGCAAUGCAGAGGAGUCCACUUUAUUCUGCUUUGCUGUGAGAGGACAGGCUGGAGGCAAGCUUCACAUCAUUGAAGUAGGAACUCCUCCUACAGGAAACCAACCGUUUGCUAAAAAAGCAGUGGAUGUCUUUUUUCCACCUGAAGCACAGAAUGACUUUCCUGUCGCAAUGCAGAUCAGUACAAAGCAUGAUGUUGUUUUCCUGAUCACAAAAUACGGCUACAUCCACCUGUAUGAUCUGGAAACUGGUACCUGUAUCUACAUGAACCGAAUCAGUGGUGAGACCAUCUUUGUCACAGCCGGACAUGAUGCUACUUCUGGAAUCAUUGGUGUGAACAGGAAGGGUCAGGUGUUGUCUGUUUGCGUGGAGGAGGAAAACAUUAUCCCUUACAUCACCAACGUGCUGCAAAACCCAGACCUUGCUCUACGCAUGGCUGUGCGAAAUAACCUGGCUGGGGCAGAGGAACUCUUUGCUCGCAAGUUUAAUGCUCUCUUUGCACAGGGCAACUAUUCUGAGGCAGCAAAAGUAGCUGCAAAUGCACCGAAGGGUAUCUUGCGCACUCCGGACACAAUCCGACGAUUCCAGAGUCUACCAGCUCAGCCAGGACAAACCUCGCCACUGCUUCAGUACUUUGGGAUCCUGCUUGACCAAGGGCAGCUGAACAAGUUUGAGUCGCUGGAGCUGUGCAGGCCGGUGCUUCAGCAGGGUCGCAAGCAGUUGCUUGAGAAAUGGCUGAAGGAGGACAAGUUGGAGUGUUCUGAGGAGCUGGGAGAUCUGGUAAAAUCGGUGGACCCCACACUGGCACUUAGUGUCUACCUGAGGGCUAAUGUGCCAAAUAAGGUGAUUCAGUGUUUUGCUGAGACUGGCCAGUUUCAGAAGAUUGUCCUCUAUGCUAAGAAGGUUGGCUACUCUCCUGACUGGAUCUUUUUGCUGAGGAAUGUAAUGAGGGUUGGACCUGACCAAGGAUUACAGUUUGCUCAGAUGUUGGUGCAAGAUGAAGAGCCUCUUGCUGACAUCACUCAGAUUGUUGAUGUCUUUAUGGAAUACAACCUGAUUCAGCAGUGCACCUCCUUCUUGCUCGAUGCCCUCAAGAAUAACCGUCCAUCAGAAGGUCCUCUGCAGACUCGCCUUCUGGAGAUGAACCUUAUGCAUGCUCCUCAGGUUGCAGAUGCUAUUCUUGGCAACCAGAUGUUCACUCAUUAUGACCGUGCACAUAUUGCUCAACUUUGUGAGAAGGCUGGAUUGCUGCAGAGAGCACUGGAACAUUACACUGACCUCUAUGACAUUAAAAGGGCUGUUGUACAUACCCAUCUUCUUAAUCCUGAGUGGUUGGUGAAUUACUUUGGUUCCCUAUCUGUUGAGGAUUCUGUUGAAUGUCUGCGUGCUAUGCUGUCUGCAAACAUCCGUCAAAAUCUGCAGAUCUGUGUGCAAGUUGCCUCCAAAUACCAUGAGCAGCUUGGCACACAGCACCUGAUUGAACUGUUUGAGUCCUUCAAGAGCUUUGAAGGCCUCUUCUACUUCUUGGGUUCCAUUGUAAACUUCAGUCAGGAUCCAGAGGUCCACUUCAAAUACAUCCAGGCAGCUUGCAAAACUGGGCAGAUCAAGGAGGUGGAAAGGAUUUGCCGAGAGAGCAAUUGCUAUGACCCAGAGCGUGUGAAGAACUUUCUGAAGGAGGCUAAACUGACUGACCAACUGCCUCUGAUCAUAGUCUGCGACCGCUUUGACUUUGUGCAUGACCUGGUGCUGUAUCUCUACCGCAACAACCUACAGAAGUACAUCGAGAUCUACGUUCAGAAGGUGAAUCCCAGUCGCUUGCCUGUCGUGGUUGGUGGGCUCCUUGAUGUGGAUUGUUCAGAGGAUGUCAUUAAGAACCUGAUCCUUGUUGUGCGAGGACAGUUCUCUACUGACGAGCUGGUUGCUGAGGUGGAAAAAAGAAAUAGGCUGAAGCUGUUGUUGCCGUGGCUGGAGACUCGGAUUCACGAAGGCUGUGAGGAACCCGCUACUCACAAUGCACUCGCCAAAAUCUACAUCGACAGUAAUAACAAUCCUGAGCGCUUCCUCCGUGAGAACCCGUUUUAUGACAGUCGUGUGGUUGGUAAAUACUGUGAGAAGAGAGACCCUCAUCUGGCGUGUGUGGCCUAUGAACGUGGCCAGUGUGAUCUGGAGCUCAUCAAUGUGUGCAAUGAAAACUCUCUGUUCAAAAGUCUCUCUCGUUACUUAGUCCGGCGCAAAGACCCUGAACUCUGGGCCAGUGUUUUGCAAGAGAGUAACCCUUACAGGAGGCCCCUCAUUGACCAGGUUGUUCAGACUGCUUUGUCAGAAACUCAAGAUCCUGAAGAGGUCUCGGUUACUGUAAAGGCCUUUAUGACUGCUGAUCUUCCAAAUGAAUUAAUUGAACUAUUGGAAAAAAUUGUACUGGACAAUUCUGUCUUCAGUGAGCACAGGAAUCUGCAAAACUUGCUGAUUCUCACUGCAAUCAAGGCUGAUCGUACCCGUGUGAUGGAGUAUAUCAAUCGACUGGACAACUACGAUGCCCCUGACAUUGCAAACAUUGCUAUUAGCAACGAAUUGUUUGAGGAGGCAUUUGCAAUCUUCAGGAAAUUUGACGUGAACACUUCUGCAGUGCAGGUACUGAUUGAACACAUUGGGAAUCUGGAUCGUGCGUAUGAAUUUGCUGAGCGGUGCAAUGAGCCAGCUGUGUGGAGCCAACUCGCUAAAGCCCAGCUCCAAAAAGAGAUGGUAAAGGAGGCUAUUGACUCUUAUAUCAAGGCAGAUGACCCUUCUUCAUACAUGGAGGUUGUAGAAGCAGCUAACAAAAGCGGUAACUGGGAGGAUCUUGUUAAGUAUCUGCAGAUGGCCAGGAAGAAAGCACGUGAAUCCUAUGUGGAGACUGAACUCAUUUUUGCCCUGGCAAAAACCAAUCGUUUAGCAGAGUUGGAGGAAUUCAUCAAUGGCCCCAACAAUGCUCACAUCCAGCAAGUUGGUGAUCGCUGCUAUGAUGAACAAAUGUAUGAAGCGGCUAAACUGCUGUAUAACAAUGUUUCCAACUUUGGUCGUUUGGCAUCCACACUGGUUCACCUGGGAGAAUACCAGGCUGCAGUGGAUGGUGCACGCAAAGCAAAUAGCACCCGGACUUGGAAAGAGGUGUGCUUUGCUUGUGUUGAAGGAAAGGAAUUUCGUCUGGCGCAGAUGUGUGGCCUUCAUAUUGUAGUACACGCUGAUGAACUGGAGGAAUUAAUUAACUAUUACCAGGACCGUGGCUACUUUGAGGAGCUCAUCACCAUGUUGGAAGCAGCAUUGGGUCUGGAGCGUGCUCACAUGGGGAUGUUCACUGAACUGGCUAUUCUGUAUUCAAAGUACAAACCACAGAAGAUGAGAGAGCACUUGGAACUCUUCUGGUCCAGAGUCAACAUUCCUAAGGUGCUGAGAGCUGCUGAGCAAGCCCACCUCUGGGCAGAAUUGGUCUUCCUCUAUGACAAAUAUGAAGAAUAUGACAAUGCUGUCAUUACUAUGAUGAACCACCCAACAGAUGCAUGGAAGGAGGGACAGUUCAAAGAUAUUAUCACCAAGGUUGCUAAUGUGGAGCUGUACUACAAAGCCACACAAUUCUACUUGGAAUUUAAGCCUCUGUUGCUGAAUGACUUGCUCAUGGUGCUGUCCCCUCGAUUGGACCAUACUCGUGCUGUUAACUACUUCAGCAAGGUUAAACAGUUGUCUUUGGUUAAACCAUAUCUACGUUCAGUACAAAGCAACAACAAUAAGAGUGUGAAUGAGGCACUGAACAAUCUCUUCAUCCAGGAGGAAGAUUAUCAGGCCCUUCGUACUUCCAUAGAUGCGUACGAUAACUUUGACAACAUCUCCCUGGCACAGCGACUGGAGAAACACGAAUUGAUUGAGUUCCGACGAAUUGGUGCAUAUCUGUUUAAGGGCAACAACCGCUGGAAACAGAGUGUGGAACUGUGCAAGAAGGAUCGGCUGUACAAAGAUGCUAUGCAGUAUGCAUCUGAGUCAAAGGAUACUGAGCUAGCGGAGGAGCUACUGCAGUGGUUCCUGGAGGAUGGGAAGAAUGAGUGCUUUGCUUCAUGUCUCUUCACUUGUUAUGACCUGUUAAGGCCAGAUGUGGUGCUUGAGCUCUCUUGGAGACACAGCAUCAUGGAUUUUUCCAUGCCGUACUUCAUCCAGGUGAUGAGGGAGUAUCUGAGCAAGGUUGAUGAAAUAAAGAAAAAGGUGGAUAAAUUGGAUGCAUCUGAAUCUCUGAGGAAAGAGGAGGAGCAGGCUACUGAGACGACACCUAUCGUUUAUGGUCAGUCACAGCUCAUGUUGACGGCUGGACCCAGUGUUAGCGUCCCUCCACAGGCUGCUUACGGCUAUGGUUACGGUGGACAUGGAGCACAAACAUAUGCUCCACCGGGAACAUACGGGUAUACCAUGUAAUGUACUAGUUUGAGUUGCCCGCCUGCUCAGCAUCUGCCAGCCCUGCCGGUUUCCUUCAACACCUUGCAACAGGGAAGAGAAAACAAAGUUCUUUGUAUUCAAUUGUACGUCAUGAAGGACUUCAGUCUUGUUUUUUUUUCGAGUUAUAAACGUUUGGAUCACAGCUGUCUAAUUCAUCUUUCACAUUCCACAUUAAUUAGAUUGUGAUUUUUUUUUUAAAAAAGGGGAAUGGUUGUCAUGUUUAAAAGCUCACAGUGCAAACUUAACGUCCUGCAAAAGUCUGUAAAGAAUUUAAUUUGCACUCUGUAGUGACCAGACUCCAGUGUAGUAUCUCAAAAACUGUCUGUAAGCAGCUUGUGGGCUGUCUAAAUGCAGUAAAUCGCAUUCAUAUAAAGCUAUGAUAUUAGCAGAAUUUAAGUACAGGAGUACCAUUAAUUACUUGUAAGAUGUUAAGCAAAAAACACUAAUCACAGUGCACCCAACAACAUGAUCUAAACGUUGGAAAUUUAUAGCGUGUUCUGUAAAGUUUCAUUUUGAAGACGUACAAAAAAAGUUCAGGCAACUGAUAACCAAGUUUAAACUCUUCCCAAUCUAUGCAGGCUCUGUUUAAUCUAUAUGGAGAUUUUUAAGUUUCUACUAUUCCAUUUGCUCACUCCUUUGCGGUUACGGAUGACCUCUGUCAUGCUAUAUCAGUGCUGAUAAUACGGGACCAUUGUUUUGACAAACUCCCUAAACCGAAAUCUGAUGUGUGUAUGUGUGUAUAUCCAACCCUGUGCUAAGGUCUCGCGUAUGCUGGAUAUUGUGGUGUGUUAGGUCACUGUCUUUGAGUGUACAGAUUAAAAACUGUCCCAUCUGUUUUGUGCAAUUUGAAAUGAUAUUCAAAUUGGAAAUAAAAUUACAGGACUGUG